AUGGCGCUCCUCAAAGAUUACUAUGAUCAGUAUCACCGUGGGCGUUUGAUGCGGGAGGAACAAAUGGAUCUCGGACCACUGAAGCUCAGGUCUCACGGGGCCUCCAAUGCCGCCAUGUCUUACGAUGAGCGGUACACACCGUACAUCUUGAGGACAGGGCUCCUCCCGUUCAUCCAUAUGGUGACCCGGUCGACGCUUUGGUUGAACGCUCCUGCGAUCACGGCACUCGUCGACCGGUGGAGGCCUGAGAUGCACACGUUUCACCUCCGUACCGGAGAGAUGACCGUGACUCUUCAGGACGUGUCCAUGAUCCUUGCACUCCCCAUCGGCGGCGAACCGGUGUGUAUCAACACAAGCUCAUCGGGAUGGCGUGAGCAGAUGGCGGCUCUUAUUGGUAGGGCCCUUGAGGACCGUGCUAACGAUAGAGUGCCAGCAGGCGCUACGUACACUUGGAUCGUUGAGAACUUUGCCCAGUGCCCCGAGGGUGUUGACGACGAGGUGGUUCAGCAGUACGCACGAGUCUACGUCUGGUACGUCAUCACAAGGACUCUGUUUGCUGACGGGGGUGGCAGGACAGCUCAAUGGCAUUGGCUGAAGGCCUUGACUGUAUGGGAUGCGAAUUGGAGCUGGGGUACAGCGGCACUGGCCUAUCUUUACCGCCAGUUGGACGAUGCUUGUCGUAGGAGUAAAACCGACAGCGGCAUAGGCGGUCCUUUGCUCCUACUUUCGGUUUGGAGCUGGGACCGCUUCCUAGUUGGACGACCAAUACUGUUGACAUACAAUGAUUGGGAUGAUCAUGGAGACCCGCUUCGGAGAUCGACUUGGGCUUACAAGUGGGACGUUAUCAAGGAUAACUGGAGCGACACGGCUCUUCUGUACAAGCAGUACACGAAUGAGUUGGACACGUUAACCCUCGAGCAGGUUUAA